AUGAUAUCUUUUCUUUACUACUUGAACGAUCUGUAUACUUGCGGAAUACGCAAUCAAGUUUUUAACGCCGUUGCCGAGGCUAUAAUUGAUGUGAAGAAUGGUAGACUGACAUUAAAAGUUGGAGAAGAGGAGGUGCAAUUUAAUUUGAAUCAGACUUUGAAGAAACAUCAUGGAGUUGAUCCUUGUUUAAGGGUGGAUAUUAUUGAUGAGAUCGUGGAAGCAGAAUUUAGGAAAAGAUAUCCUGAGGACCCUUUGGAGAAUUGUUUGGUACAUAGUAGAAUAAUAAAAGAUGAAAAUCUGGAAGUUGUAGCUUUUGCUCAAAUUUUGGAAGCUACUCAAGAAGUUGUAAGAGAUCAAGUUUUGCAAGUUGAAGAGUUAAAACAUGAAGUUGCACAACCACCUUUGCUAGAUAAGAAGGAAGCACCACAGGUAGACCUCAAACCACUUCCAUCUACAUUAAGUUAUGCUUUUCUUGGACUUAAUUCAACUUAUCCUGUCAUUAUUAGUGUAAGUUUGAGUGAUGUACAAGUUGGAAAACUGCUGAGAGAGUUAAGAGCACAUAGGAAAGUCAUUGGUUACACCAUUGAUGAUAUCAAGGGUAUAAGCCCUACCUUGUGCAUGCAUAGGAUUCUUUUAGAAGAUACUUUUAAAGUCACCAUAGAACAUCAAAGAAGGUUGAAUCCUACUUUGAAAGAGGUAGUGAAGAAAGAAGUCUUGAAACUGAUUAAAGCUGGGAUCAUUUAUCCUAUUUCUGAUAGUAGUUGGGUUAGCCCAGUUCAUGUAGUUCCCAAGAAAGGAGGUGUGAUUGUUGUGAAAAAUGAAAAUAAUGAGCUGAUACCUACUAGAAUUGUUACAGGAUGGAGGAUGUGCAUAGAUUACAGGAAGCUUAAUAGUGCCACUAGGAAAGACCAUUUUCCCUUGCCUUUUAUUAAUCAAAUGUUAGAGAGAGGAAUUGAAGUGGACAAAGCCAAAGUAGAAGUGAUUGAGAAGAUACCUCCACCAACUUCAGUGAAAGGAAUUAGAAGUUUUCUUGGGCAUGCUAGUUUCUAUCGGCGAUUUAUAAAGGAUUUUUCAAAAAUUGCUAAACCUCUUACAAAUUUGUUGAAUCAUGAUGUUCCUUUUAAUUUUGACCAAGCUUGCUUUGAUUCUUUUAACAGGUUGAAGGAAACUCUAACAAUAGCCCCUAUUAUGCAACCUCUGGAUUGGUCAUUGCCAUUUGAGGUUAUGUGUGAUGCUAGUGACUUUGCAGUGGGAGCUGAACUUGGUCAGAAAAAAGAGAAGAGGUCAUACUUGGUUAGAUUAAAAGUGAUUGUUUAUACAGACCAUGCCGCCAUAAGAUAUUUGAUGAAUAAAAAAGAAGCAAAACCAAGACUUAUAAGAUGGGUUCUAUUGCUACAGGAGUUUGACUUACAAAUUAAAGAUAAAAAGGGAGCUGAAAAUGUUGUAGCGGAUCAUUUAUCAAGGAUUAAAUAUGAGAGUAAAGAUGGAAAUGAAGAGGAAUUGCCAAUUGAUGAGUUUUUAUCAAAUGAGCAAUUGCUGGUCAUUGUUGCUGCAUUGCUAUGGUUUGCAAAUUUUGUCAAUUACCUGUCAUGUGGAGUUCUCCCACCAGAUUUGAGCUAUCAACAGAAAAAGAAAUUUUUGCAUGAUGUGAAGUUUUAUACAUGGGAGGAUCCAUUGUUAUUUAAGAGAUGUAAUGAUGGCCUAGUUAGAAGGUGCGUGCCUGAAGAGGAAAUAGGAAACAUGUUAGAGCAUUGUUAUUCUUCUAACUAUGGAGGUCAUUUCAGUGUGGAUAAAAUAGUGGCUAAAGUCAUCAAAGUUUAUCCACAUGGAGCUGUGGAUAUUUGGAGUGAAAAUUCUGGGAUCUUUAAAGUUAAUGGUCAAAGGCUCAAGAUUUAUAUCAGAGGCCAGCCCAUUGAGAAGGGAACAACCAAAAUUGACAGAUUGGGUGAAGCACAGCAGCCUGUUUUUACUGCUGAUUCUAACAUUGUGGUUUCUUUGAAAACUUUAGAGGCUAAGAUUCCUUUAAUCUCAGUCUCUAUUGGUUAUUGUAAUAGCAUUCCUGAUAUUGCUUUUUGA